AUGGCUCUUAUCACUGACCUGCCCCCCGAAGUUCGACUGAAGAUCUAUGAGUUCCUGCUGGUCGAUCCCAUCCGAGAUGGGCUGCGCAUCACCCUAACAUUCGACCCUCUCGACAGCACCAAAAAAACAUGGGCCCGCGCUCGUUGCGUGCAAUCUGACCAGCCUCACAAAGAAGGUCACUCCGCUCAUCCCUGCCAAAUCGACGUCUCGCCGUUUACUUUACACCACCUCAACUUCACCGACCUGCUGUCUUUGGCCAGUGCCAACAAGACAUUGUACCUGGAAGUCAGUCAGACAAUGUACAACAACUCGGAUCUCACUUACUCGUUUGGUCAACUCCCACCUGCCGCCAAAGUUCUUAAAUCUUCCUCUGCCUUCACACCCCUCGGUCGUUACUUCGACCAACACAGUUCCAUGACCUGCGCCAUGCUCAUCUCUCUGGUCAUCCACGACGGACCCGCCAUCAUGACUCCCCGCGACACGAAGACUAUCGUCGAUCUCGUCAACUUCCGCCUGCCCAAUCUGCGCGUCUUUGGAUACCAGAUCGAUGCGGAUACUGCAGUUUCACGCUCAGAACUUAGCCGGGGCUCUUAUCGCAGAAUUUCUCGUUCAUUUAGGAUUCUCUAA